GUAAAUAUUGUUUUUUUUUUUUAUUUUAGACUCACACAUCACAAUGCAGUUGAUGAUGGGUCGAGGGCCUGGUGGGACGGAAGAGUGGUUUCUGCUGGAGAUGCAAGGAGACCUGGAGAGUAGAAACCGGGAUCAUCUGGAGGGGAAGUUUAUCGGAGAUCUUCAUUUUACUCAUCAAGGUGUUCCAAUAAUGAUAAUUGGACAUCAUAUUCUGUACGGGAAGGAAAUGGAACUGGAAGCGCCUUUUCUUGCGGUAACCAAGCACGUCGAGUCUGAGAAUAUGCUUACAGGAACAGAUGAUGGUGAUGAGUUGAUGGACCUGGAGACCUCCUCCUCCCCUUCCUCUACCAGCUACACCGUCACAGCCGUCAUCAAGAAGAAACUAAUCUUUAAAUCCAGACCAAAACCUAUUAUUGCAAACGUGCCGAAGAAAAUAUGAACAAUACCAAAAUAUACAUUUGUAGAAAGGCCUUUAAACGCUUACGUAACUUCUAACUAUAAUGUAACGGCCAUUCCACAUAAAGUUCCACACUGCAUUAAACUAAAUCUGUUGUCAAGCUGAAAUACGGCAAAAUACGCAGAGAAUGAAUUAGUCUGACAAAUCUUUUUUUUGCGAAAGGAUGAGCAACCCACAGUCCAAUGUGCCUUACUGUCCUAGCUAGUUCCAAUGCCUACAUAUAAUACUAAUGAAAAUACUAGUUUUGAAUGAUGUUUUUAUAUUUAAUUUUGUGUUCUUAAAGGGACAGUUAACGGAAUUUUUAAAGUGACCCUCCUUUGUUACCACUUUUCCCAACGGUACCCUUAAAUGCUUUUUUCUGACCAAGAGUGAAUGAAAGUUAUCCAUUUUUUUUUAUUUUGAAAACUGUUUAUUAUUGUGGUUUCUCUGCAAAAGUGACGUGCGCAUUUCUUGCUUCUUAACCAAUGGGAAAGUUUACAGAAUAAACACUUUCAAGUCAUAAUCUUCCGCAUUAUUGAUCAGAUAAAGAUUUCAAGGGUACCGUUGUGAAUCGGACAUGACCCUCCUUCAAUGGAGGGUCACUAUAAAUUACACAAACGGACAACCGUUCCUUGAUAUUGGCAUUUUCCAUCAGGGAGGUCUGUAAUCGUUUACUACUAAUCCCCGAAAUCUAUUGUACCUGAGAAAAUUGAUAUUUCAGAA